ACACACACUGACACACACCUUCACUGUGAGGAAGUUCACUUUGGGACGAAGAUCCUUCAUCUUCCAUUCCUUCUACCUCCAUAUGUGACGAUUCUACUGACCCAGUGCUUUUCUACCCUACAAAGAGGCACAGAAAAGGCAGACAGUCGGCUUUUACUGUUUUAUCUAGAGGCAAAUAUCAGCUGAUCGAGCAUCAGUUGCUAGGAUGGAGUAGACGUACAAUCCCACCGUCGAGCACCCGCUAGAAAAGCGUGAAUGAUUACCCCAGAGAACAGCAGCCUACAGACAGAGCUCACCCUUAUCGGUAUCAAAGAUGUCAGGUGGGAGCCUGUUCGGCAAGGUGCGGUCCGCCUUCAGGAGGGAGCGAAGCGACUGGGACCUGAGCGACACGGCACCUUUCGAUUUUUCGGACGAGCUGGCGGAUGAUGAGGCGCCCAGAUUCAACAAGCUGAAGGUCGUGGUGUCUGGAGAGAUGUCGGACUAUUCCGCCGGAGCUUCGUCCAACGGUGUGGCCGUGAACACGCUGGUGGCAGAUGAUGAUGACUCCCUGCUGGACUCGUCUUCCAGCCUGGGCAGCCCGGGGCUAAACAUGGAUCCUUGUGACAGCUGCACUAGAAAGCGGGAGGCCAUCAAACACAGGAGGGUGAUGAAGAAGCUUGGCAUUGCAGCUUUGCUGUAUUUUCUCUUUAUGACGGGUGAAAUUAUAGGUGGUUAUGUGUCCAACAGUUUAGCCAUCAUGACCGAUGCGUUGCACAUCUUAGCCGAUGUUGUGGGUAUUCUGUUUUCUAUGCUGGCCCUCUUUCUUACGACUAAACCACCAACCAAGAGAUUCACUUUUGGACUCCAUCGUCUAGAGGUGGUAGCAGCAGUCCUCAGUGUGCUGCUCAUCUAUAUACUGACUGGCAUACUGCUCUAUGAGGCAGUUCAGAGGACAAUAAAACAGGACUUCAGCAUAGACGGCGAUGUCAUGCUCAUCACUGCAGCUGUGGGGGUGGCUGUUAACAUUAUAAUGGGCUUCUUGUUAAACCAAGAUGGUCACCUGCACUCACAUAGCCACGGCCACGGCCACAGCCACAGCCACGGUCAGUCUCCCGCCUCUGCUGGUGCUUCAAGUUCACAGUCGGCUCAGCAGCAGAGGCCACAUGGCAGCCUCGCCGUAAGAGCUGCAUUCAUCCAUGCUUUGGGAGAUCUCCUCCAGAGUGUCGGAGUGCUCAUAGCUGCUUACAUUGUCCGGUUCAAGCCAGAGUUAAAGUUGGCAGACCCCAUCUGCACGUACAUCUUCUCCAUUCUGGUUCUUUUUACCACAUUACGCAUCUUACGAGACACAGGAGUCAUCGUUUUGGAGGGUGUUCCCAGGCACCUGGACACUCAGCGAAUCAGAGAGGACCUCCUUAAGCUGGAGGAUGUCCAAUCAGUCGAUGAGCUGAACGUCUGGGCGCUGACGGCAGACAAGACUGCAGCACUGGUGCAUCUCCAGCUCAGUCUCUUUGUGUGCACAGCGCCCUCCAGUGCUAACAACUGGGAGGAGGUCCAGGCAAAGGCGCGACACAUGCUGCUUCACACCUACGGCCUCACCAGGUGCACAGUGCAGAUCCAGACACACAGGCAGAGGGUGGCACGCAGUUGCACAAACUGCCAGGAGGCUAGCGCCUAAAGAGGGAGGUCAGCAGUUCAUCACACAGUGACGGAUGGCAGAGAACGCAAUAUAUAGAGAGCCCUGAAUGUAACAGCGCUGCUGCAGCUCAAUGCCACAGCAGGAUCCACAGCACACUGAUGUAAAUGGAAAAAGAGAGGUGCCAAAGGACAGGCAGAGGAAUAACAACAGAUCUAAUUAAGAGAGAUCUACAGCCUCUGGGGGCCUCACGUCUUCACGCUUGCAAAGCUUUUGAAGUGGGAGUUGAAUGUUUUACCUGAGACAAAUGACAAAAACUUGCCCUUAAUUCACCAUCAAGGCCUCUUCUAAACCAUGUAACCUUUUAUUUUUUGUUUUAUAGAUUGAUUUGUCACCACUGAUGCUUUGUUAUAAGAUGUAAAUCUUACCUUUUGUUAGAACUGCACAUUAUGAUUUUUAUUACUGUACAAAGCAUGUCAGCUGACAUACCUCAUGUCUAACAAGAUAUUUGGUCAGAGUGAGGCGCUGUACUCUUUACAAGUGGAAUAAGUGAGCAAAACCUGCACCACUGCAUCCCUUCAGGAGACAGUAUAGCUCAUUACGUGCUUUGGAGCUUUCAUGUUAUUUAGCUGAUGUCUGUAAAAAGGCAGACUUUAAGAGAAUAAAUAACCUUAGAAAUUCUUAAAUUACUAAAAUGACCAUCACUUAAAGUUAAUUGGCAUUUUUUGAUACUGACAUUUUCUCAAUUGUGAUGAGAAGGCAACUGACAAUCAAAUCAUGACUUUAACUAAGGGGACGUGCUAAAAUGGAUAGCUUCAGCAUGGUAUCAUCCAUCCUAUAUACUCCACUUUCUUUUCCAUAUCAUCAACUGACAGUAUUUUAACACAGACAGGUGUAUUCCCAGUAUUUCAGAGUUGUGUUGUUUUGAUGGAGGAGGGUGCGAUUUGCCAGUUAUGAUCUUUAAAAUGUUCUUUCUUUCACUUGUUAAGAGGCUGUGGGGGGGUUGUGCGUAAAGCUUUCCAUGUCUCUGAUAUUAAUCACCAAGGAAAUUCAGGAACGGUAUCACUGUUUUUGUUUGUAAUAAAAUGUUUUAAUUUU